AUGGCGGCCCUUGUCCGCCUGCUGGAGCGUCUCCUCUGGCCUGCUCUCAAGGAAGAGGAGGCCGAAGGACUCAGGGCCCCCAGCAAAAGUCGGUCUCUUCUGGACGUGAGGCGAUGCGCUCAGCGGCCGCAUGGGGGUGCGGCAGCGUCGUGGAGGCUGAGCUUCGGGGCGAGCGCCGUGCAGGGCUGGCGCGCACUAGUUGAGGAUGCGCACUGCGCUUGGCUCGCGUUGCCUAGUCUGCCUCCAGGCUGGGCUUUCUUCGCCGUCCUCGACGGCCGCGGCGGGGCGCGAGCUGCCCGCUUUGUCGCGCGCCACCUGCCAGACCACGUGCCGGAGACUCUGGACCUGGCGCCGGACAAGCCCGAGGGCGUGCGUCAGGCUCUGCGCCGAGCCUUCUUGAGCGCCGACGAACGCCUGCGCGCUCUCUCUGUGGCGUUGCUUAUCUCCCCGAGCUCUGUGUACCUGGCUCUCCUGAGCCGCGCUGGCGCUGUCGCCUUCAGCACCGAGCACCGGCCCCUUCGGUCCCGGGAACGCGAGCGCAUCCACGAUGCGGGCGGCAUGAUCUACCGCCGGCUCGUCGAGGACGCUCUAGCCGUGUCGCGAGCAUUGGGCGACUUUGUCUACAAGGACGCCCUGGGGAGGCCCCCCGAGUUGUGGCUCCGUGCUGCGGAGCCUGAGGUGGCCGCACUGGCACGCUGGGAUGAGGACGAAUUCAUGCUCCUAGCUUCUGACGGCGUGUGGGACUCGAUGUCUGGUGCUGCUCUGGUGGAAGUGGUGGCGUCACGCCUCCUGGGCCUACCCCCAGAGCUUCUCUGUGCGCAGCUGUUGGACACGUGUCCAGGCAGCCUGGACAACAUGACCUGCAUCCUGGUCUGCUCCCCGGGAGCACCUAGGCCUUGCGAGGAGGCAGUCAGGAGGGAGCUAGAGCUGGACGCAGGCCUGGGCAGCAGAGUCCAGAGGAAGGUGGGGGGCCAAGCAGGGACAGUUCAUAAUCCUUGCCUCUUCUCAGAGCUGUGCACCUCUGCUCAGGAGCCCCUCUCCCUCUCCAGCCUAAAUGCAGUUUUCAGGACUCUGGCCUCCUGGGGAAGGGCUGUUCUGCAAGAACUAAGGAAGAAAACUGCCCUCUUCCUCAGCAACGCGGACCAGCGGGAGGAAGACAGGCUGCAGGAGGAACCCCAGAACAUUUAUUUCCCCUUCUCCCACUUCCCUCUCGCAGAAGAGGCUUGA